GCUGGCUAACUUAGCAAAGUGGUUAUUGUUGGGUCUUUUCAUUCUGUGUGUUCAAAUCCAUGGAAACAAUGGUUGCUUUGAAGUAGAGAGAUUGGGUCUCUUAGAUUUGAAGGCAUCAAUUGGAUCAGAUGGGUUUGACGCUGAUCAUCCUUUUUCUUCAUGGGUUGAUGACUCGCUCAGUGAUUGUUGUAAAUGGGAGCGUGUCACGUGCAAUUUCACCACUGGUCACGUGAUUGAUCUCUCCCUCAACAAUUUAAGACAAUACGAGGAAAAUAUUUGGUUUCUAAAUCUUUCCAUGUUUGAGUCAUUUAAGGAAUUAAGAAGUCUUAAUUUAUCCCAUAACAGAUUCGGUGGUUUGAUUGAUGAGAAAGGUAUUUAUGGUAUGGUCUUCUACCUAUUAUCUUUUUUUGGUUAAUGGAUGUACCUGUAGCUAAUAACACAAGCUGUACAUACAGGUUUUGAUGGAUUGAAGAAGCUAGAAAUCUUAGAUCUUAGUGAUAAUUAUUUCAAUAAUAGCAACUUUUCAUCGUUGGCUGCUCUUCCAUCACUUACAACUUUAAUUCUUAGCAGAAACAAUAUGAAAGGUUCCUUUCCUAGCAAAGGUAUGUUCAUUCACAUUCAUUCACCAAUUCGAUUAAUUAUUUGAGCUGUAUUUCAUCCUAGAAUUCAAGUUUUGUACUGUUGCAUGAUGCAUAUCUAGGCAACUUUGAAAUAUGUAUUGUAAUAACAUAAAAGCUGUAUGGUGUAACAGGUUUUGAAAGAUUAGAGUUGUUGGACUUAGGUUCAAGUAGCUUCAGUAGUAGUAACUUAUCAACAUUUGUCUUUUUUUAUAUAGACCAUAAGAAACUCAUGUUUUGGGAAAGUUAUAAUGCUGCCAAUCUCUCCAAACUAAAUGAGAUCGUGUGAUAUCAGUUUGCAUUCCCCUUCUCUUAUCAUAUACCUUCAAGUGAUUCUCUUACUUUCUUUCAACUUAGAGUGGUGGAAGCAAGCUAAUGCUUCAGGAAAUGAGACUGAUAAACUUGCCUUGCUCAAGUUCAAAGAAGCAAUAAGUGCUGGUGAUCCAAAUCAACUCUUGGAUUCAUGGAAUGACUCUCUCCCAUUUUGCAAUUGGUUUGGAAUCACAUGCAGUCGCCGGCAUCAGAGAGUCAAAUCCUUGGAUUUGGAAGGGCAGAAUUUAUUUGGAACAAUCUCACCUUAUAUUGGCAACCUGAGUUUUCUUCGAGUCAUCAACCUCCAAAACAACAGUUUCCAUGGUGAAAUUCCACAAGAACUUGGCAGGUUAUUUCGCCUGGAAGAAUUGUUUCUCAACAACAAUACUUUGGCAGGCGAAAUUCCAAUCAACUUAACUCGAUGUUCCAAGCUCAUGUUUCUUGAUUUGGGUUGGAAUUAUCAUGUAUCAGGAAAAAUCCCAGCUGAACUUGGUUCUUUAACUAAGCUUCAGAAUCUUAAUCUUGUUGCAAACAACCUGAUAGGAGAAAUCCCAGCCUCCUUGGGCAACCUUUCAUCGCUCACUUUCUUUUGUGUAACGUAUAACAGAUUGUUGGGUAAUAUUCCUGACGAUUUGGGCAAAUUAACAAGAUUAACAGUUUUUGCUGUUGCAGCAAAUCAACUAUCUGGCACAAUUCCUCUGCCCCUCUUCAAUAUCUCCUCCAUCAGAAAGUUUUCUGUCAUACAAAAUCAACUCCAUGGGAAUCUGCCAGAAAACUUAGGCAUCACUCUCCCAAAUCUCAUAUUUUUCUCAGUUGGGAACAAUAGUUUCUCUGGGACAAUUCCAAAUUCUCUAUUCAAUGCUUCUCAUCUGGAAAUAGUUAAUCUUGGUUGGAGUAACUUUGUUGGACAAGUUCCAAUGAAUUUAGGAAAUCUUAAAAACCUCUGGUGGCUAAGACUUCAUGGAAAUGCUCUGGGAAGUAAUUCAACCAAUGACUUAGCUUUUCUGGACUCUUUGACAAACUGUACCAAGAUGAAAAAAUUGGAUUUGGGUACAAACAAUUUUGGAGGUGUUUUACCAAAUUCUGUAGCAAAUUUGUCAACCGAACUUGGUUUGUUCUAUAUUGGGGAGAAUCAAAUCACAGGCACCAUUCCUGCAGGGUUAGAGAAUCUCAUCAAGUUAACUGGAAUAGCCCUGCAUAAUAAUCUUCUUUCAGGCGUCUUCCCCAAUUACUUUGGGAAGUUUCAGAAACUACAAUUUUUGAGUUUAGAUGGAAAUAGGUUGUCCGGAGAAAUUCCAUCCUCCAUCGGAAAUCUUACACAUUUGCUUGAACUCUACUUACAAGACAACAAUUUUCAGGGAAGCAUUCCUUCAAGCAUUGGAAAUUGCCAAAAUUUGUAUUUCUUAGACAUUUCACAGAACCAUCUGAAUGGAGUUAUACCCCCUGAGAUUUUACUUGUUCGUUCCUUCACAAGAUUACUGAGUUUAUCUCAAAACUCUUUAACUGGAGUCCUGCCUUUUGAAGUAGGGAAGCUAUCAAAUAUAGGAGCACUAGAUUUCUCAGAAAACAAUCUUUCAGGCAAAAUUCCAGCAACAAUUGGAGAUUGCUUGAGCUUGGAAUUCCUUUAUCUGCAAGGGAAUUCAUUUCAAGGGACCAUCCCUCCAUCUUUAGCUUCCCUGAGAGGCCUUCAAUAUUUAGAUCUUUCACGAAACAAGUUGACAGGGCGAAUUCCGAAAGAUCUACAGGACAUUCCAUAUUUACUUUUCCUGAAUCUUUCUUUCAAUGAUCUUGAGGGUGAAGUACCAACUGGAGGAGUUUUCAGAAAUGCAAGUUCUGUAUCAUUAAUUGGUAAUGAUAAGCUUUGCGGCGGUGUCUCAGAACUCAAUCUACCAAAAUGCCCGAACAAGAGAGGAGGGUUGUUUUUUCAUAAGCUGGAAAUUAUACUAACUGUAAUGGCUGUGUGUAUCUUAUUGACAUUAGCCUUUCUUCUUGUUUAUUGGAAAAGAAAUCCAAAGCAGAAGUCAUCUUCUUCAUCCUCAAUGAUGAAGCAAUUUCUUAAGGUAUCUUAUGGAGAUAUUUGUCGUGCAACGAAUGGAUUCUCUCCAGAAAAUUUGAUCGGAUCUGGCAGCUUCGGCUCUGUGUAUAAAGGAUUUCUAGAUCAAGUUGAAAGACCAGUAGCGGUUAAAGUUCUCAAGCUUGAACAUAAGGGUGCUUCCAAGAGCUUUAUUUCUGAAUGCAUUGUGUUGAGGAAUAUCAGGCACCGAAAUCUUGUGAAGAUGUUGACAUGUUGCUCAAGCAUGGAUUACAAACUUAAUGAUUUCAAAGCUCUAAUCCUUGAAUUCAUGGGAAAUGGGAGCUUGGAGAAGUGGUUGCAUCCUGAAAUAGAAGGCAAAAAUCAAUCAUGGAAUUUAAACUUGCUUCAGAGAUUAAAUGUUGCCGUCGAUGUGGCCUCGGCCUUGCAAUAUCUUCAUGAGCAAUGUGAAAAUCCAAUUAUUCAUUGUGACCUGAAACCCAGCAAUGUUCUUUUCGACGACGACAUGGUUGCUCAUGUAUCUGAUUUUGGUCUUGCAAGACUCGUUUCAACAAGCAAAUCUUCAUCUCAAAGCUUGUCUACCACAACUGGAAUAAAAGGAACAAUCGGUUAUGCUCCUCCAGAAUAUGGAAUGGGUUGUCCAGCAUCCAGAGAGGGGGAUGUGUAUAGCUUUGGAAUCCUUGUAUUAGAGAUGUUCUCAGGAAAAAGACCAACUGAUGAAAUAUUCAAAGAUGGCUUAAAUCUUCACAGCUUUGUGAAGACAGCAUUGCCAGAAAGCCUUACGCAGAUUAUUGACCCUAACCUCAUCACAGCAACAGAAGAAGAAAGAGAAUUGUCUAACAGUAAUGGAAACCUGAGCAAGAUGAGUGCAAAAGCACGAAGUUGUGUAGUUUCAGUGCUUGAAAUUGGUAUUGGCUGUUCAGCAGAAUCACCCAAAGGACGAAUGAGUAUGGAGGAUGUUAGCAGGCAACUUGAUUUGAUCAGAAAAACUUUUCUUGGAAUCUAAUUCCACAGUGAUAGAA